AUGUCAGUCAUGGCUUCUUCUCUUCCUGUGAUUCUUCUGCUCAUAGUUUAUAGUGCUGAUGAUGAUUGGAGUGUGACUUACAGCUCUUCACACAUCUGUGCACUAAAGAACUCAACAGUGACUAUAAACUGCACUUAUAAAUACCCUACUGGACAUAACAUCACAGAAGUGUUCUGGACCAACACUAUUGUUCCAGGUCCUCCAGAUUUGUUUAAGGAGUCUGAAUACAGAGAGCGGAUUCAGUAUCUGGGAGAUAAACAGCACGACUGCAGCGUCAGACUGACUGAUGUGAGACACACAGAUUCACACGAGUACUAUUUCAGAUUCAUCACUGAUAAACCUGAUGGGAAAUGGACUGGUAAACCUGGAGUGACUCUUAAUAUCACAGAUCUUCAGGUGGAGUCUGAAGGUGAGAGAGUGAUGGAGGGACAUUCAGUGAAUCUGACAUGUAAAAGCAGAUGUAGUCUGACUGACACAUCAACAUUCAUCUGGUUUAGAAACACACAGACAUUAAAUGACACAAACAAGAAACUCAUCCUGCCGUCAGUUAGAAGAGAGAAUGCAGGAGACUAUAGAUGUGCUGUACAGGGACACAAACUCACAUCACCUCCUCGACGUCUCAAUGUCAUCUAUUCCCCAAAACAGACAUCUGUGGCUGUGAAUCCAUGUUGUGUAAUAGUGGAGGAUGAUUCAGUGAAUCUGACCUGCAUCAGUGAAUCAAAUCCACCUGCGAAUAUCAGCUGGUUUAAAGAAAAAACAUCUGUAGGAUCUGGAAACAUCUACAUCAUCUCAAACAUCAGAUCUGAUGACAGCGGAGAAUACAAGUGCAAGGCUGAAAAUGAACUUGGAGAGAAAUUUUCUCAAUCUGUGACUUUAAAUGUCUUGCCUGUCAGAUGUGUCUCUCUCUCUGUAGCUUUAGGAGUUGGAUGUUGUCUUGGAGUCUGUGGAACAUCAGCAACUCUGCUUAUUGUGAUGUAUAUUUGCAGAAGAAAGAGUUUGAGAAGAAAAGCAUCUGAACGCAAACUGAAGAAUGAUGAUGUCAGUAAUGACACAUAUACAGCUCUUGAACUCAAGAGAAGAUCAUCUGACCUGUACGACACACUCACACCCACCCGGAAGAUGAUGCAGUAAGAGGCGGAGCACGAAGAAACAAAUCCUAUGAUCUCUGAUGAUUGACAGCAGUCAUAACAAUGAGUCACAAAAGUUUUUAUUCUUUAAAGUCUAAUAUUUACAAUGUACCAAUAGACAUUAUUAAAAGGCAAUUGUACAGAAAUAGUUAAAUAAACAUCAUUACAAAUCUUCAGAAGAUCAUUUUGAUUAGAGAUGUUUAGGAUCAGUGAUGUACUUCCUUGUUACUGGAGGAGGAACAACAUUUGUG